CUUCUUUGCAUUGCUUGUCAUUCUGUUUUUGUCAUCCAAAUUGAUGAGCUUUGGCAUCCGAUUCUGUUUUAGAUUUUGAUCAGAAGAAGGGUGUUGAUGGACACAGCUAAGAACAGUGGAAAAUCUAACAAAGAGAUUGUUGAUGACACUUCCAAAAUUAUUGGUGAAGGUGAAGGUAAAAGUCAAUGGAAGCCAGUUUUUGAUGAUGCUUCCAAGUCACAUAGACCUCUCAAGAAGAUUUGUAGCCCUGAACUCCAAACCCCAAACAAACUAUCCUCUGAUAUAUCUCUGCAACCUCCUUCCUCCUCUUCUGUUCCUCCUUCAUCUAGAAUAUUCUUUCCUUUUGCUUUGGAAGACUCUCAACCUCCAAUGCCAUUCCCACACCAAUCUGGAACCACAAAUUUUUCUCUUCAUCGAACUCAACAACAGAUAAUAUCUUUUGAGCCACAGCAGAACAUGGGGUAUCCACAAUUCUUAGCCCAAAAUUCUUCUGUCCCUCUUCACCAACAACAAAAACUUCAUCAUCUAAGUCCUAGAGAAAGGGUGAUGAUGAUGAAUAACAGGUUAGGAGCAGGUAAGAGACCAAUGUUUGGACCCCCAACACAGGCUCUGAAUGCUACCAAGCUCUAUAGAGGAGUGAGGCAACGCCAUUGGGGAAAAUGGGUAGCUGAGAUUCGACUGCCUCGAAACAGGACUCGCCUCUGGCUUGGGACAUUUGACAAGGCUGAAGAUGCUGCCAUGGCCUAUGAUCGUGAAGCAUUUAAGCUGAGAGGAGAGAACGCUAAGCUCAAUUUCCCUCACCUCUUCCUUAACAAGGAUGAAGCAUCUUCCAUAACAGCUCCGACUCCUUCUCCUCCUUUUCAUGAAGGUUCAACAUCAACAACAUCAAAGCAACCUGAACCAAUUCGACAAUCAGCACCACUAACAGGAGAGAAUGCUGACAAUGAUGCUGAAACUGGGAUUUCACAGUCUCAGGAAUUGGUUUGGGGUGAAAUGGCUUCAUGGUUUAAUGCAAUUCCUGAAGGUUGGGGUCCUGGUAGCCUUGUGUGGGAUGAUUUGGACCUAAACAGUACUAAUCUUCUUUUGCAGUCAUCACAGCUUCCUUUUAUGAAUCAAAAUCAGCAAGAGUUUCAUGAUGGCAAUGAUGCUCAGAGACCAGGAGAUAACUGUUAAUUUUCUGAUUUUCCAGUUUUCCCCCUUCUAAUUUUUACUGUUUUGCACUAUUGGCUGCUUUUAUUAGUUUAGCAUGAUGAUCACAAAGUAGAAGGAAACUUUUUUGUUAUUUCCUUCUCAAUGCUCUCCCUCCAUCCUAUAUGAGCUUCAUUUUUCAGCUUCAAGGAUGGUUGUAUACUACUUACUUCCUUUUACUUGUUAUUAUGCAAUGUCAAGAUAAUUAUAGUUUGCUCUCAUCUAAUGUUAUCCUUUAU